GAUUAUCGAAUAAGCAUUCAAAACGAUCAUAAUGGUUACAGUUGAAUUGAUGUUUCUAUUUACGUUGUUUGUGAUUUGUCAGCGGCGACUAGAAUGUAAAAGUGAACAAGGGAUCGAUUGGUCUCUUUACCAAAGAGUUCAUACUCUUCAAAUUGGAUUAAUCCAGAAUGAAAACUUGGAUAAAUACAUGCGUAUUGGAGCGUAUUGGAACAACGACAACACAGCAUUCAUCGAUGAUCAAACUAAAGUCAAACGAUCGUAUAACACUGAACAAUGCAUUAAAGAUUUGAGAACGAUUCAGGAAGUGUCCAAUGAUGGAACAACCAAUUGGGCGAAUGAAAUGUUGGGCGCAUGGGGCAAGCUCUCAUCUGUAGGAAUUGAUAUAGAUUUUGGAAACUUUGAUCGAUGUCAAAAUUUAAAAGUGCCGAAUUCAAUAAACAUUGAAACUCAAUACUGUUUGGCCAAUAUUGCUGCAGGUUAUUUUAGUAUGAGAAAAAUUUCACCCGCUUGGCCGAGAGUGGGCAUUUGUAUUCCGAAUUCUUGUGCACCAUCACUUAUCUCCACUAUAUUAAAUGAUUAUUUGGAUUCAAAUUCUCUCCGAAUAAGUAUUGCCUCAAACAACUGUCGCUUAAAAAAUGACAACACUACUCUUUUUUUCAGCUACAAAAUUUUUAUUGCAUUUCUAACAACGAUACUUGGCUUAGUCAUUUUGAGUUCGCUUUAUGAUGUUACGUACACUUUACUAGAAGCACGGAAAAAUCCAGUGUUGUUGGCCUUUUCAGCGUACACAAACGGGAAAAAUCUACUCGAAUGCAAAUCAAAUCAAUUGCCCAACGUUAUGCCAUGUUUAGAUGGGAUACGUGCAAUCGCUGCAUUUUGGAUACUAUCAACGCAUUUCAAUCUGUACACCACUAGUAUAAUUGAAAAUGGAGAGCACGAUGCAUGUGUUGCUGACAAGAUGAGAGACAUUUUUUCUAGUGGCCGUUUUAGUGUGGAUACAUUUUUCGUCUUGAGUGCACUUCUCGCAGCUAAUAAAAUGCUCAACGAGCAUUCAAAAAAUGGUCGACUGAACAUUCCCCUUUUAUACUUACAACGCGUUGUCCGCUUGUCUCCGAUGAUGAUGGUGAUCGCACUUUUCAACCGAUUUUUAGUACAAUUCUGCGCAAAUGGGCCAGCAUAUAGUUCGCUUCUCGAUGAUACCAGAUGGCUUUGUGAAAAUGCAAUGUGGGACUCAAUAUUGUUUUUCGCCAAUUUUCGUAAUAUUCAGUGUGUUCCAGGAUCCUGGUAUCUGGCUGCGGAUAUGCAUAUGUAUAUCUUGACACCAUUUUUGGUGCUGCUAUUGCAACGUUAUCCAAGAAGAUUCAUGGGUUUUUCUUUUGUGAUCGUUUCGAUUGAUUUUAUUUUGUCAUUGGAUAAGGAUCUUUUUGGUUUGGAAGGAUACAACAGCUAUGUUCCAACACGAUCUCGCAUCACACCAUGGUUGAUUGGAGUUAAUUUUGCUUAUAUUUUGUUGCAAAAUCGUUCAAGAAAACCUAUCCGUAUACCAAAGUUUUUGAAUGCUAUUCUAUUGGCUGGAUCAGUGAGUGUAUUCCUUUGGUUUACAUAUACGUUUAGAGACGACGACUUCAUGUGGAGGGCAAGAGCUUGGUGGUCAAUAUCUCUUUGUUUUAUCAUAUUUUCAUGCGUAAAUGGUCAAGGCGGCAUCAUCAAUUGGUUUUUAUCGCAUCCACGUUGGCAACCGAUAUCACGGUUAAGCUUCAAUAUAUUUCUGGUUCAUCAAACGGUUAUCUGGGUUAUAUUAGCUAACCGGAAGGUGCCAUUGUAUUUUUCGGAUAUUACACAGGUGCAGGAACUGUUUUUGGUCGUAUCGACUGUUUGUGGCGUCGCUUUCGUACUAGCAUUGACAGUUGAAAUACCGACAAUGAACUUAAGUCGCAUUUAUUUAUACAAAAAUCGGAAUCUUAGAAAGAGCAACCAAAAUGUCCCGGAAGUAAUUACAUUUUCUUAAAUGUUGCGUUUCUUUAUUAUUUCUGAAAAAUAUUUAUGAAAUCAUGAUUUUAUUCAAAAUUGAAGUUAUAAGUAUUUUGCGUAACUUCUUCCACGUUUUUUUUUAAAUUUAUUCACAUUUAAUUUUGAUUAUUUCGUUUUGUUUUUAAAAUAAAACUACACAAAGUAUUCCAAAAAAUAGGUCAAAUCAUUCCCAAUUCGUCAACUUCGAGAAUCGUUAACCGUUGAAAUUUUUGCAGAAAAAUAUAUUAAAAAAUUAAAGUAAUUGAAUUUGUUAUAUAUGAACCGUUGCGACA